CUUUCUUUCUUUCUUUCUUCUGUCUAUCGCAAGACAAUGCGCUCUUAAGAUUUAUACUCUCUCUUCUAUGUCUCAUCCUAACAACACUAACCCCUCCAUUCCCAACAAGCGCUCAUCUUCUUGCUCUCCCACCACUACUUCCACCGCCGGCACCAGCGGAGCGCCUCCACCGUCGCCGCCGCCGCCGCUCUAUUUCUCCCAGGCGAUGAAGAAGGCCAAGACCCACGCCGUCGCGUGCUCUCUUGAUACUAACAACAACGCUGUCCACUUCUCCUCCGACCCUUCUCUCGCCGCCAACAUCGAGGAUCCGAGCCUCGCCGCCGAUGUUCCUACCAGCGCCGCCACUUCCGGUGGCGUCACUGCCAAUUUGUCUCGAAAGAAGGCCACUCCUCCUCAGCCUGCCAAGAAGCUAGUCAUUAAGCUUCUUAAAGCAAAACCAACAUUACCAACAAAUUUUGAAGACGACACAUGGUCAACACUAAAGUCGGCUAUUAGUGCGAUAUUCUUGAAGCAGCCUGAUCCUUGUGACUUGGAGAAGCUCUACCAGGCUGUCAAUGACCUUUGUCUUCACAAGAUGGGGGGAAGUCUCUAUCAGCGGAUUGAAAAAGAGUGUGAAGCACACGUAGCUGCAGCACUGCAGUCUUUGGUUGGCCAAAGUGAAGAUCUGGUGGUGUUUUUAUCACUUGUUGAGAAGUGUUGGCAGGACUUUUGUGACCAGAUGUUGAUGAUUCGUGGUAUAGCUUUGUAUCUUGAUAGAACAUAUGUGAAACAAACUCCUAAUGUUCGUUCACUUUGGGAUAUGGGCCUACAGCUUUUUCGCAAACAUCUUUCUCUUGCUUCGGAAGUAGAACACAAAACGGUGUUUGGCCUUCUACAGAUGAUUGAGAGUGAGAGAUUAGGUGAAGCAGUUGAUAGGACUCUUCUUAAUCAUCUUUUGAAGAUGUUCACUGCUUUAGGAAUUUAUUCAGAGAGCUUUGAGAAGCCAUUUCUUGAGGGCACUUCUGAAUUUUAUGCUGCUGAAGGUGUCAAGUUCAUGCAACAAGCAGAUGUGCCAGAUUACCUGAAACAUGUAGAGGUAAGGUUGCAUGAAGAACAGGAAAGAUGUUUGCAUUAUCUUGAUGCAAGUACAAGAAAACCACUGAUAGCAACUACUGAAAAGCAAUUACUAGAACGCCAUAUCUCUGCAAUUCUUGAUAAGGGUUUCACAAUGCUAAUAGAUGGGAGUCGUAUUGAGGAUAUUCAAAGGAUGUAUAUGCUUUUCUCAAGGGUGAAUGCCCUUGAAUCCUUAAGGCAAGCCCUUAGCUCAUACAUCCGAAGAACUGGACAGGGCAUUGUUAUGGAUGAAGAAAAAGACAAAGAUAUGGUUUCCAACCUAUUAGAGUUCAAGGCAUCUCUUGAUAAGAUAUGGGAAGAAAGCUUAAGUAAAAAUGAAGCAUUUAGCAACACCAUUAAGGAUGCAUUUGAGCAUCUCAUAAAUCUCCGCCAGAAUCGCCCUGCUGAGCUGAUUGCUAAGUUUUUGGAUGAAAAACUUCGUGCUGGGAAUAAGGGUACAUCAGAGGAGGAAUUGGAGGGUACUCUGGAUAAAGUUUUGGUUUUAUUCAGAUUUAUACAGGGCAAGGAUGUGUUUGAAGCAUUCUAUAAGAAAGAUCUUGCGAAAAGGCUUUUGUUGGGAAAGAGUGCUUCUAUUGACGCAGAGAAGUCCAUGAUUUCAAAGUUGAAGACAGAGUGUGGUAGCCAAUUUACCAAUAAACUUGAAGGGAUGUUCAAGGAUAUUGAACUAUCAAAAGAGAUAAAUGAAUCAUUUAAGCAAUCAUCCCAAGCAAGGACUAAACUCCCAAUGGGAAUUGAGAUGAGUGUUCAUGUGUUAACUACUGGGUACUGGCCAACAUAUCCACCCAUGGAUGUUCGGCUUCCCCAUGAACUCAAUGUGUAUCAGGAUAUUUUCAAGGAGUUUUACCUCAGCAAAUACAGUGGGAGGCGCUUAAUGUGGCAAAAUUCAUUGGGCCAUUGUGUCCUGAAAGCAGAAUUUCCCAAAGGUAAAAAGGAGCUGGCUGUUUCCCUAUUUCAGACUGUUGUUUUGAUGCUUUUCAAUGAUGCGGAAAAUCUUAGCUUUCAAGAUAUAAGAGAGGCCACUAGCAUUGAAGAUAAAGAGCUAAGGAGGACUUUGCAAUCUCUUGCAUGUGGGAAGGUGCGGGUUCUACAAAAGAUACCAAAAGGAAGAGAUGUGGAGGAUGAUGAUACCUUUGUGUUCAAUGAUCAAUUUACUGCUCCACUUUAUCGUAUAAAGGUAAAUGCCAUCCAGAUGAAAGAAACAGUUGAGGAGAACACAAGUACCACUGAGAGGGUAUUCCAGGACCGUCAAUACCAGGUUGAUGCUGCCAUUGUUAGGAUAAUGAAGACCAGAAAAGUGCUUAGUCACACCCUCUUGAUAGCAGAGCUCUUUCAACAGCUUAAAUUUCCAAUAAAACCCGCGGACUUGAAGAAAAGGAUCGAAAGCCUGAUAGACAGGGAAUACCUGGAGCGCGACAAGAAUAAUCCUCAGAUAUACAAUUACCUUGCCUAGACUUCUCCCCUGAGACAUGAUGUUAUGUUUUUGUUCCCGAAUCUCUCGGCACCCCAGUGUACAGCUGCUAUCCAUCCUUUAGUUUUGUUGCACAACAUUGUAAAUCUUAUUUGUGAGUUAAUUUCUCAUACACCAAGCCCUGACAGAUGAACAAAGUGGACUCUUUUCUUUUUUCUCAUUUGUUUCCUUGUAUGAACAUAAGAAAUGAACUGUCUCAAGUUAUAUCUAUAUUCUUGACGAAGAAUGUCAAAUUUUUUAUGUUCCUAUCGAGAGAUAUACUUAUUUU